AUGUUCAUAUUACGGUACUCCAUCCUAGUACUCUAUGUCGGACUCAUUGGCCUAGUUGAGUGCGGCAAGGACUACUACAAGAUCUUGGGGAUACCCAGAAGCGCCAGUGAGAGUCAGAUCAAAGGAGCAUAUCGUAAAGCGGCUCUGAAGUGGCAUCCGGAUAAGAAUACUGAUAAUAAAGAAGAGGCCGAGAAGAAGUUUUACGAUAUUUCUGAGGCUUACGAAGCUCUCUCGGAUCCAGAGAAGCGGAAGAUCUAUGACCAGUUCGGUGAGGAGGGUCUCAAGCAAGGCGGAGGCGGCGGUGGUGAUGGCGGCUUCGGCGGCGGUGGCUUCAACGUGCGGCCUGAAGACAUCUUCAAUGCGUUCUUCGGCCAAGGUGGUCCUGGCGGAGGCUCCUUCCAUUUCGAGUUCGGCACUGGUGGUUUCGGAGGCGGCUCUGGUGGUUUUGGCGGGGGCUCCGGGGGCUUCGGUGGUUUCGGUGGCGCAGGGGGUCGGAGACCUCACGCACAGCCCGUCAAGAAUCUUUACGAUGAAGGCCCUGUACUGGAAAUUUCAGACACCAACUGGGAGGUUUUGGUCAGCGAGCGUGAAGAGCCGGUAGUUGUGAAUUUCUAUUCCCCUAGUUGCGCCCACUGCAAGGAAGUCGUUGGCGACUAUAAGAAGCUGGCUGACACUUAUGAGGGAAUCAUAACAAUAGCAGCGGUGAACUGCGCGACUGAGCAAGAGAUCUGUCAGGAGGCUGGAAUUAAGGCUUAUCCCACCAUAAGGAUGUACGGUGAGCCAGAUGAGACGACACCCAUUGAAUUCCCAGCAUCAAAGAAGCGCAACUAUAAGCAUCUCUCUCGGUGGAUAUCUGAAAAGAUGCCAAGUCAUGCCACGCUCCUCAGUCAAGCUCAUAUCGACAAGUCAUUAAAAAGGUGGCUAUCGGCUGAUGAUCGAGCCAAGGUGCUUUUACUGAGCGAUAAGAAAGCUAUGCCACCUCUCAUCAAAGCUUAUUCUAGGAUAUUCAGAAAAAGCAUCAGCAUUGGAGUAGUGCUGUCGGCCGAUCUGAACAGUAAAUUGGCGCAGACCAUCAAUGCAACUUCUCUGCCUACUGUCUAUCACAUCACCGAUGAAGAAACGUUGGAGGGCGACAAGUUGACCAGUACCCUUUCGAAGGACGUCCUAUCGCUCUACCUAACCAGAGUUCUGACCUCUCAUGCAAGGAGCAAGUCGUCGUCAUUCAAAGAGCUCACUGCAGAGAAGUUGGAACAGGGCGAAUGUGCUCGAAACAUUGAUGGGAAGUUCUGCGUAAUAGUUGUGAAGCAUCACGAUGCGUCCGACGAUAAUUUCAAGGCGAUAGGCAAACGCUUGGCAGAGAAAUAUCGCAACGAUCCAGUGCGGUUCGUGUGGGUUUGGGAUGAUUCAGCAUUUCUGAAUCAAUUCGACCUGCCGGCACACACUCGCCUCUUCGCUUACCGGCCUAAGCGUGGUCGUUAUAAGCUGCCCACAUCUGAUAUUGAGGAGUUCGACGAUGCCGACGGCUUCGUGGACGGCGUCAUCAACGGUGGAACACAGUUGCCGUAGGUUAACAAGGAUUGUUGGAUGUAGUUCCUGGCGUUCUGCUUCAGGUUCCGCGUUGGGCAUCCUCGACAGCGAUACGAAGAGCUCUAGUUUUUUGGAGUGUCGUUGCUAGCAGCACCUCCCAUUUG